AUGAGAUGAACUUUGUUUCGAAACUGAUCAGUGAUGAUACUUGAUAUAUAUUUUUUUACAAUAAAAUAUGUCACGGUCCAAAACAGAGGUUGAUAACUUUAUUGCCUCUUUCAGAAGAAAAGCAAAAAGCGAACAAGAGCUUCAACUACAUGGAUACCAAUUUGCUACACUUUACUGGGAAGCUAGGGAGUAUGUUCUAGGUAUAAAAUGGGCAAAGAGCUACCUAGCUGUUAAGCACAACGAUGGCAGAGCUCAUAAAUUGCUUGGCAACUUGUAUGAGGGUGUAAAGUAUUAUAGGAAAGCAAUUGAUUGUUACAAGAAAUCAUUGGAAUUAAAUGACACUCAAAGAGAAUUGAUACUAAGAAUUGCAUCUCUUGGCUGUACCAUUCCAAAUUAUGAUGUUGAAAAGUUGCGAUAUUGGGUUGAGAGGGCAGAACGAUUUUAUCCCACUCACAUCAAUGUUCAUAAAAUUAAUGAAAACAUUUUCCGACGAACAGAAAAAUUACCAGAUUAUGAAAGCUAUCUUCGAAACAAACUGGCACAAAAUAAGGGUGACUACUACCUCAACUGUAAGCUAGUGAAGCUGCUGAUAGAGAUGAAAAGACUACGAGAAGCAGUCGACCACAUUCUGCUGACACAAGACCUGGAGUCUGUUGCAGACCAGCCAAUCUGGUGGGAGAGCACAGUCCACACCUUAGAGAUUUACAUAAAGAGUAUCAGGCAAGGAGAAGAGAAAACUGCUGGUGGGGAGACUGUCAUGGAGAUGCACAGUCACCUGUUGAUGGCACUCUGCAAGUGGAUCAUGCUUAACUUAGCUAUGAUGGAUAAACCUCCCCACAAUGCAGUAGUUCUUCUGAAGGGGCUUGACCAAUGCCUAUUGAGGGCCAACAGCCUCAAAAUGAAUUCUAACUGGGACUAUGUCCUUAAUGAAAUGUCAAGUCAACUUUACUACCUAAUGGGCCUUCAUCUCUGCCGCAUGGCUGCUAUGGGUUCUUUUCAGUGGUCAGACAUCAUUGACUUAGUGACGUGUUGUUUCGUCCAAAGUGCCCAGAUUAAGUUGCCAGACAUGUCCGGACGGUCAGAGUAUGAAACCAAAAAAUGGACAUUGCUAUCCAGCGCUAGGCUAAGCGAAGUCACCCAUAUGUUACAUGCAUUCCAAAAACAGUAUGGUCCAGAUUGGCUAGAGAAAUGCCACAGGACCACCGCCAACCUACAGAGUCAGACACGUCUGUUUCACGUUGCCUUCGGUCAAGAAGCAGACCCAAAGAAAUCAUAUUUUAUGUUGGACACAAAUUUUGUGAAAGUACAGGAGAUCAUCCUGGAUGACCUUCUAGGUGUAGUUCUCAAAUAUGAUCAAGAUGCUGUUUUAGCUCAACCGCACAAUCUUCAGCUACUGGUGUGGUUAGGCCUUCAGUGGGAUGUCAGAAAAGAUGGGAUUUCACCUGACCUAGGAAUCUUCAUAGAAACAGCAUUUAGUAAACUCCAUUUUUCAUCCAAUAACUUGAAGAUAACGAGUGUUGAUAACCUACGACUUCUGGAUAUCGAGGCAUUCUUGUACCUUCUUGUGAAAGCUGCGAAGGCAAAAAAUGAGAGUUUGCGGGCAGAUGGCCAAACAGAUAAAUAUCAACCAGUUUUGUUACCGGUGCCACUCUGUCAUAUGCUGUUCACAGAGGAACAAGAGAAAUGGUUUAAGUCUGUGUGUACAAUGUACAGUGGAAAUGCCAAGUUAGAAGAGCGAGCAAAGAUGUGUCUCUCCAUCCAGGAAGGUUUAGAAGCAAUACGCAAUGCCGACCAAUUUAAUAUUGACACCCCCCUGCUGAUUCAUCUUGCACGGACAUUUAGAGCCAGAAUGCUUGAAGUAAAGAAUGAAAAGGAUGUUCCUGGCAUCGAACAGUUUCUGGCAUGUCAGCAACUUAGCAUACACUAUUGGAAAGCUGCCUGCGAACAUCUUAAGCUGCUAGCCAGUGAUAAAGCAUUGUCUCCUCCUAAGCAUACAUUCUUUGAAGCAUCUUUAGACAAGAUAAAGAAGGAAGACAUCACCUCACUGCAAGAGGAAGCAGCAGUGGCGCUUGCAGAGUACGAGUUCCAGCAAGGGCGCCACCAACACGCACUCGUCCUCCUCAAUAAAGUUAAAGACGUUACAGGCCUAUUCACUAAAGCACUGAUGUAUAAACAGCUGUACCACAUGGAGGUUGAAGGGAAAGAUGACAGUGAAAUAACAGGAAAUAUGAUUCUAGCACAGGGUACCUACUUAGACCAGUGUAAAUACUCCCUCUACUCAGCGAUGGAAGCUAUACAGGACGACCACAAUAGUUCGAUGCAUGAGGAAAUUCAAAGUUUGUUGGACGAUGUCGAUGUUGAAAAGCAACAGCUUGCACAUAAGGAUUUUAAAGAUGAUGAAAGCAUCGGCACAUCUCACAGACUGGACAAUGGCUCUCAUGCUGGGUCUGCUGUAUCAUCAAGACGCUCGAUGGAUGGCAGAAGUAUUCUGCCUUCUUCCAGUGACAUGUCUUCCUUUCAACAGGGUUUGAAUCCAGAUCCCAGCCCACAUCGACUCAUGUCCGAAUUACGGUCGAUGAAUAUAAGUCAGACACGCCUCAUGGAUGAGAACUGCCGCCUUCUCGAACAGAACAGGGAUAUUCUGUCGGAACACAAUAAAGUCAUGGAGCAAAAUAAAUACCUAAGGGAACAAAUUACUGAUUUGAAUAAUAAGAUGCAGGAGUUGAAACUUAAUGCCCCUGUAAAGUCUGCCAGUGAUGCCCCGUUGAUUGCAUUGGAGGAUAGUGCAGAACAGCCAUCUCCACAGACUUUUUCUGGUUUCCCAUCUCUUGCUUCCACCUCAGGCUUUAACCAUGGUGGAGGUGACAAAUUAUCUGAAAGAGCUGCUGUUUCGCCUAAUUUCACAAGUGGAACACGACUUGAAUCUGCAAAAGCAAAGGAAGCCGAGCAGACCCCAACCAGUGUCGCUGGUUUCUCUUUUGGGAGCAAACCUGAUGCCCCGUUGAUUGCAUUGGAGGAUAGUGCAGAACAGCCAUCUCCACAGACUUUUUCUGGUUUCCCAUCUCUUUCUUCCACCUCAAGAUUUAACCAUGGUGGAGGUGACAAGUUAUCUGAAGGAGCUGCUGUUUCGCCUAAUUUCACAAGUGGAACACGACUUGAAUCUGCAAAAGCAAAGGAAGCCGAGCAGACCCCAAACAGUGUCGCUGGUUUCUCUUUUGGGAGCAAACCUGAAGCUAGUUCUAACCCGGCACCAGCACCAGCACCCUCUGGUUUUACUGGCUUUUCGUUUGGUGGAGGUAGUAACUUCACUCCUGUGUCCAGUCAGCCAGUUUCGACUAGUUCAAACGUGUUCAAUAAACCAAGUUCCACCUUAUUCAGCCAACCACAAUCUACAUUUGGUUCACAGUCAACAGCCUCACCAGUUAGUGGGCCAUUCAGUCAGACAGCAACUGGUGCAUUUAAAAGUCUCAACUUCACUGCACAAAAAGAACCUAUCAGCACCUCGCCAUUUGCAGGGUUUAGUUUUACCACUCAAAAGACACCAGUAGCAGCAGCACCUCAACCAAGAAAACCAGGCCAAAGCCCAUUACUUGCUAGUCAGGAAGCUGCAGUUGACAGUUCAGCCACACAAACUAAAGAUGAAUCAGGUUCUGAUAAUGAAUCCGAUGAUGAUGUGAUAGUUGUCAAUGAAAGAAGACCGACUCCAGCACAGAUAGCAAUGGCUCUUAAAUUGAGACUCCCACCAACAUUUUAUCUUUAUGAAUACAAAGAGCCGUGUCCAGGUUGUAUUGGAUGUUACGACAUCGAUAUUUCCAAGUUGUUUAAUAAGGAGAAUAGGUUCAGCACGGAAGAUCAGAGGGAGACCAGCACAAAGGCAAAGGAAGAAAGUGUCCAACCAAGCCAAGAAACGCCCUCUACAGCACCAUUGAUGUUUGGUGGUUCAACUGCUGGUAGUUUGUCCCUUGCUUCCAUAUCCGCUGAAACUAACAGUACUCCAGACUUUAUGAGGCAAAAAACUUUUCAGAGCUUUUCCUGGUCUAGUGCCCGUACACAACUGUUUAGCUCACCUGGUGGCUCUGACACUGAGUAUGACCCGCAUUACGAACCGAUCGUAACCUUACCGGAGGUCACCGAUAUAAAGACUGGUGAAGAUGACGAGACCUGUCUGUGGAAGGAACGUGGAAAACUUUAUCGCUUCAACAAGGACUUGAACCAGUGGAAAGAACGUGGAGUUGGCGACAUUAAGUUCAUGCAAAACAAGAACACCGGUAGGAUACGUAUCCUAAUGAGGAGGGAACGGGUGUUGAAAGUAUGCGCUAAUCACAUGAUCACACCGGACAUUGAGAUAAAGACAAUGCCGUCGUCCGACCGUGCAUUGGUCUGGAAUGCGCUGGAUUUUUCAGAAGGAAAAGCUAGUAGGGAACAGUUGGCCAUUAGAUUCAAGAAAUCUGAAGUGGCAUCCGAGUUUAAAAAUAAAUUUGAGGAAUGUAAACAACUUGUCAUAAAAGCAGAGAAAACGGGAUCAGUAAAGAAGGUGGAGGAGGAAAAAGAGGAAACAGAAGUGAAGAGUUUGGCUGACAAGUUCAAACCCAAAACUGGAAGCUGGAAUUGUGACACCUGUUUAGUUUCCAACCCUCCAGGCACUGUUAAAUGCUUUGCAUGUGCCGCACCAAAACGAGGGGCAGCGCUGAUGACGCAGGCAACUACUUCUACACCAUCCCAGCCACAACCAGCAGGUGCAACUGGUGGUUUCAGGUUUGGAGGAACAAUUUAUUCACCCCAAACCUCUGGCUCCACUUUUGGAGGAGGAAAAGACAGUACCAAGCCUAGUCAAGCUUCUAGCAUAACUUUUAGACACACAUUUGGUGGCGACAAACCAACUGGAGGUUUUUCAUUUGGUGGACAACCAGCUAGUGCAUCUGGUGGUUUCAGGUUUGGAGGAACAAUUUCUUCACCCGAAACCUCUGGGUUCACUAUUGGAGUAAGUGACAGUGACAAGUCUAUUCAAAAUUCUGGCUUCAGUUUUGGACAGGCAUUUGUUGGUAGCCUACCACAAACCACUAGCAGGUUCUCAUUUGGUGGCAGCAAACCAACUGGUGGUUUUUCAUUUGGUGGUGAGUCAACUAAAGUGGCAUCUUCAACUCAACAAAAACCCUCAUCUCAUCCUGCUUUUGCUACUACCACUAAUGAUGCUGAUAAAGAGGACAAAACAACGAGUUUAUCAGAAAUGUUCAAGCCUAAAGCAGGAGUCUGGUCUUGUCCUACUUGUUUGUGUCAGAAUACAGCAGAACAUAAAAAAUGCCCAGCAUGUCAAACCCACCAGCCUGGUGCCCAACCAGAAGCCUCCAGUUCAUUUGCGUCUUCUAAUACUAGUAGUUCUUUCAAAUUUGGAAAUACUUCAUUAGAACAGUUACUUGGAAAGAGUGAUAGCAAUGGACAACCAAGUACCACAGCACCUACAAAAGUUUAUGCCACAUCACCUGCACCUGCAAAAACUUUCUCAUUUGGUCAGUCAGGAAAAUCUCUGCCACCGUUCACUUUUGGAAGAGGUGAUAUUAGUGGUGCUGUCUCCAGCCCUCCUGCUUCUACUGGAUUUACAUUUAGAGCUCCAAAACCAACAUCUGCUGGAUUCGAGUUUGGCAGUAAUCUGAAUCAAAACGCUGCUGAAGAACAAGCUCUUGACCUUUCCUCGCUGAAGAAGACACCCGAUCAGGGUUGCAAAUUUUCUGAAAUGGCUAAAUCAUUCACCUUCCAAUUCAAAAUGGAUCCAGAAGAAGCAGCUAAUGCACCUCCAAAAUCUCCAACAAAAUCACCAGGCAUUCAACGAUCGCCCGGUCUCAUGAAAUCACCAAGUCUGGAUAAAUCAGGAGAUGAUUCUUAUUACAAAGAUGAUGAUUAUGAUGGCUUGCAUUUUGAGCCAGUUGUUCACCUUGAUCCGGUUGAGCUGACAACUGGAGAGGAGAAUGAGGAUGUGAUGUUCUGUCAUCGAGCCAAGUUGUACCAGUUUAACAAGGAAUCCAAUGAGUGGAAGGAGCGUGGCAUGGGUGAUAUCAAAAUAAUGAAGCACAGAGAAACCGGACUCUACCGUAUAUUAAUGAGACGACAACAGGUUCUUAAGUUAUGUGCAAACCACUUCAUUCAACCAGAGAUGGAUCUGCGUCCUAAUUCAGGUUCAGAUCGUUCUUGGGUGUGGACAGCAAUGGAUGCUUCUGAUGAUGGAAACGUCAAACCAGAAUUACUGGCAGUUCGCUUUAAGACUUCAGAUGUUGCUGCUGCAUUUAAAGAAGCUUUCGAGAAUGCUAAAGAAGCUGUCAUAAAGAUUAAAAGUAGCAAUCAAGCUAAGCCAACAGAGAAAGAAAUAGAUGAUAAAUCAAAAGAAGUGAAGAACGAAGACACAGAAGAAAAAAAAACUGAUCAAGUUGAAAAGAAAAGUAGAGAAGAGAAGGGAGAUACUCAAGUAGAGGAGAAAGAUAAUGAGGAGGAAGAUGACAAUGAUGACGACGAUGAUGAGGAGGAUGAUAAAGAGGCGGAAGAGGAACAAAAUGAAGAGGAAGAUAAAGAGGAGAAAGAAGCUGAAGUUGAAGAGGAGGAAUAUAAAGAGGAAGAAGACGAUAAAGUGGAGGAGGAAGAAGACGAUAAAGUGGAGGAGGAAGAAGACGAUAAAACAAUGUUAGAGGAGGAAGAAGACGAUAAAGUGGAGGAGGAAGAAGACGAUAAAGUGGUGGAGGAAGAAGGCGCUGAAGUGGAAGAGGAAGAUGAUGAAGUGGAGGAGGAAGAAGACGAUAAAGUGGAGGAGGAAGAAGGCGAUAAAGUGGAGGAGGCAGAAGACAAUAAAGUGGAGGAGGCGGAAGACAAAAAAGCGAAGGAUGAAGACAAAAAAGCGGAGGAUGAAGACAAGGACAAGACACAAGUUGACAGUGCAGUUACUUCAGCAUCAACAUUCAGCUUUGGACAAAGUUUUGCUGCAGCAGUGAGAAAAAAAAUGAGUGAAGGUUAUUACCCAGAGGAAGAACUGCAGUUUAAGCCAGUUGUCACACUAAAAGAAAUUGAAGUUAAAACUGGUGAGGAGGAAGAAGAACAGUUAUUCUGCCAGCGUGCGAAACUGUACCACUGGAAUCGUGAGACGGCACAGUGGAAAAAGCGUGGGGUUGGCGAGAUCAAGAUCCUGAAGCACAAGGUUAUGAAUCGCUGCCGUGUAGUAAUGCGGAGAGAUCAAGUGCUGAAGAUCUGUGCCAACCACAUAAUCACGCCAGAGAUGGAAUUAAAACCAAAUACAGGAUCAGACAGAGCUCUCGUCUGGAAUGCCAUGGAUGCAUCAGACAUGGAACCUCGGCUGGAACAGAUUGCCGUCAAAUUCAAAACUCCUACUAUUACUGCAGAUUUCAAGGCAGUCUUUGAAAAAUGUCAAAGCAGUUAAAAUUCUACAGAGUGUUAAUCUGGUAGAUAAAUUGCAAUAUAAAUUGUUUGUCCUCGCAGCAAUUUGACCAGUCGACAUUUAUUUCGCGGAAUCAUCUAAAGACAAACUUUUCUGUAUCAUCUUUGCUAAACUUUCAAAGACUUAAAAAUUCUAAUAUUUGAUCACUUAUUUAAGGAAGCUAAUACCGGUAAUUCUUUCCAAAAAUUUUGAAUUUUGUAAAAAAUGAGAAUAUUACAAUAUUUUCUUCACCAAUUAGCAGACAUAUUAUAUCUACUUAAAGUAGUCCCAUUUCUUAAUUUUUCAUAUAAAUCUUGGUAAUCUUUCUAAUGUCAUGUCAUUGGGAAGGGUAUUGGACAUUGUGAGAAGGUUAACAUUAUUGCAAUACUAUUUAAUGUGCUGUUUCAAUGAAAAAUUGAUGAAAUAUCAAUUAGUAAUUGAUGGUGAUCAUGACAGAAAAGCAGUGACAUGAAUUGUUAACUUUUUUUGUCAAAAUUAAUAUUGCUUAGCAUUAGCAACAGUUUCUAUGGUUAUCAGUCAUAUUGUUGUUUAGGAUACAAAAUUGCUGUAUAUCAUGUUUGAAAUGAUUGUAGAAGUUUAAAACAUAAUUAAAAUAGUUUUGCUAUUAUGUCAUCAUUUUAUAUGAUUUGUGUUGCUAUGGCCUCAUUUGAUAUGAUCAUUGUUGCUAUGGUAUCAUUUGAUAUGAUCAUUGUUGCUAUGGCAUCAUUUUCAUGUCAUUGCUAUGACAUUAAUUGAUGUAAUAAUUGAUGUUGCCAUAGCACCAUUUGAUAUGAUUGAUGUUGCCAUGGCAUCAUUUGAUAUGAUAGUGUUACUAUGAAACCAUUUGAUGUGAUUGGUGUUGCUAUGGCACCAUUUCAUAUGGUUGGUGCUGCUAUGGCAUAAUUUGAUAUGAUUAUUGUUGCUCUGGCACCACUUUAAGUGAUUGAUGUUGGUAUAUGGCACCAUUUGAUAUUAUCAGUAUUGCUAUGGAACCAUAUGAUAUCAUUGGGGUUUCUAUGGCAUCAUUUGAUAUGAAUGGUGUUACUAUGGUAUCAUUUGAUAUCUCCAUCUCACAUGUUCACAGUUGUAGAAAAGUAGGUUAUCAUUAUAUGAAAUUUAGGAUGUUUGUAUAAGUUUGAUAAACAAAAUGUAGUAAUUCAGAAAUGUAGACUGGUACCUCUGGAAUUCUCUGUCACUGUGUAUGGCCAUACAGUAUUCCGAGUUUUUUGUAUGUUUUUUUAACUUACAUGUACACUAUUAAUAUUGUGGUAAACUCGCACUUGUUAGCCAGUUUCUUAAUUAGCAUGAUAAUCACAAGUUUAAUGAGGUCUAAAAACUCAUGUUUUCAUAUUUUUUGUAUUUCACUUACACACAUGUUUAUAUAUUAAAUGCCUUGGUGGAAUAUAAA